AUACCCAAUAACAAACUCCAGAGUUAUCAUCUCAUACAAUCUCAGGGGUUCACUUCUAGCUCUCCUUUUCUCCCUCCUCCAAUGGCAAGAACAUCAGAACCUCUGAUUGUUGGGAGAGUCAUAGGAGAUGUUCUUGAUUCUUUCACGCCAACCAUGAAAAUGUCUGUCACUUACAACAACAAGCAAGUCUGCAACGGGCAUGAGCUCUAUCCUUCCUCAGUAACCACCAAACCUAGGGUUGAGAUUCAAGGAGGCGAUAUGAGAUCUUUUUUCACACUGGUCAUGACUGACCCAGAUGUUCCUGGCCCCAGUGAUCCUUAUUUAAGGGAGCACCUUCACUGGAUAGUCACAGACAUCCCAGGCACAACAGAUGCCACAUUUGGAAGGGAGGUUGUAAGCUACGAGAUUCCAAGGCCUAAUAUAGGGAUCCACAGGUUUGUGUUUGUUCUGUUCAGGCAGAAACGCCGGCAGUCAACAAACCCCCCUUCUUCCAGGGAUCACUUCAGCACCCGAAGUUUCGCGGCUGAAAACGAUCUCGGCCUCCCAGUUGCUGCUGUUUAUUUCAAUGCACAGAGAGAAACAGCCGCAAGAAGACGCUGAUUGAAGCCCAAAAAACUCCAUGUUAUUGCAAUCUAGCUAUUAGAAUAAAAAGCAGAGUUAUCAGCUGCUUUGUUCAUGUGUUAUUUAGAAUAUCUCUUUUCUGAAUCUAUUCUCUACAUAUAUAUGUAACUAAAAUAACUUGAAGAAAAAGAACGUACACUUGCCUGUUUGUGUACGUUGACGCUGUCA